AACUUCCGAUGUAAACAAAAGUGGGAAGCAUGACAACUGUCAAAUUUUCAAGAUGUUUGUUGAAUUUAACAUCACGCACACAUAUUCUUAGCACAACUAGAUUCCUCCACUAUGUCCAGGGACAGUCUCCUGAACCGAAAGUUAGAGAAUACUUUUACUUUAUUGAUCAUCAAGGACAGCUUUUCCUGGAUGAUUCCAAAAUGAAGAAUUUCACUUCCUGUUUCAAAGAGAAGGCCUUCCUUGGAUUUUUCUUCUCUCGCCUGAAGAUGAACGAGACUGAACGCUUCCGAGAGGAUUUUCCAUAUCUGUCACCAUGUGGUCGAGAGAGGAACUUUGUCCGAUGUGAUGACAAGCCAAUAGUCUUCACCAAGAUCCUUCCUUCCAGACAAGCAGAUGGGUCCAGCCUACUCUCCUAUGGGGGUGCUGGAGAGUUACUUACUGUGCGCUUUGAACCAGAGAAAAUAUGCAUGUUGCCUUCAAGUGGGAGAGUCUACCAUCCUGCCAGCCCUGUACUUGGGGGUGUUGGACUCAUCAAAUCCAGUCUUGCCAUCGAAUUUAGUCGGGACUUUGAGUUUGAAAAUGGCGAAACUAAUCCUCCAACUCAUUUCAAAUGGAAGGGUGUCCGACUGAAUUUGACCAAUGAGCUUCUUUCUCUCAUGGGUGAAAGCCAGUAGGAAAGUGUCUCCUCUGUUAAGAGACUGGGGCUCUGUUUACUUAAAUAGACCAGCUUCUAUCUAGGUCAAGGGUAACAGAUGUGACUGGUUGUG